AUGGGGAAGCCCAAGGCCUUGUUGCUGGGCAGACUUGAUCACGCUCGCGACGCAUGGAACGCCCUGUCUGGCGUCGCCGAGCUCGUCACAUCCCAUGCUCGCAGCCGGGCUGAGUUCAUCGAAGAGUGCAAGAGCGGGACACACGACGGCGUGGUCGCCAUCUGCGACCGGGCGCCGUCGAGCCUCGCCGUCACGGGCAAAUACGACGACCAGCUGAUCGCCGCACUGCCCAGCAGCUUGAAGUUCAUAUGCCACAAUGGCGCCGGCUAUGACAACAUCGACAUCCGAGCUUGCACGGCGCGCGGGAUCCUCGUGUCCAACUGCCCGAAAGUCGUGGACGACGCGACCGCCGACACAGCCAUCUUUCUGAUCCUCGCCGCCCUGCGCGGCUUCAACAAUGGCAUCCUAGCCAUCCGCAACGGGACCUGGAGAAGCUCCGUCCCGCCCCCGCCACUCGGCCACGACCCGCAGGGCAAGACACUCGGCAUCCUGGGCCUAGGCGGCAUCGGUCACAAUCUGAAGAGGAAGGCCGAGGUGUUCGGGAUGAAGGUCAUCUACCAUAACCGGACGAAAUUGAGCGACGAAAUGGCCGACAGUGCAGAGUAUGUGAGCUUCGAUGAGUUGCUCGCCAAAAGCGACGUGUUGAGUCUGAACCUUCCCCUGAACUCGAAAACACGGAACAUCAUCUCGACCAAGGAGUUCGAGAAGAUGAAGAGAGGGAUCAUCAUCAUCAACACCGCAAGAGGUGGCGUAAUGGACGAGGACGCACUCGUGGAUGCGCUCGAUUCCGGGCAAGUUCUCUCCGUUGGAUUGGACGUGUAUCAAAGGGAGCCGAACAUCCAUCCAGGCCUGCUAUCAAACCCGCAUGUCUGUCUACUUCCCCACAUGGGGACAUCGACUGUGGAGACCAAGACGAGGAUGGAAGAAUGGACAAUUGGCAAUGUGCUGGCGGCGCUGGAAAGGGGGAAGCUGAAUAGCGUGGUUCCUGAACAGGCGCACCUAGUUUGA